AUGAUGUCGCCGAUCAGCAGCUCGGAGGCCAGCAUCUGGAGGCUGCCGGCGAUGAGCAGCGUGCGCCGCCCGUCGGCAUCAGCACGGCGAGAGGUUCUUGUCGCCGCCGUAGUUGAUGACGUUGCUGAAUGCUUCUCGGUUUCGUGCAGGGAUUUCCACUUCCCGCUCUACGCCAGCGGCGCCCUCGCCCCCGGUGCCGCCGCGCUCCACUGCCUGGCCACCGGCGCCACGCUGCAGAUCCCCUUCCCGCGGCCCCCGCUCGCCCGCCGGCCCCUGCUGGGUUCCGGCCACGGCUGGGUGGUCACCGCCGACGAGGCCUCCAACCUGCACCUCCUCAACCCCAUCACGGGCGCCCAGGCCGCGCUCCCGCCCGUCACCGCGCUCCACAACGUCAAGAUGGGCACGGACAACCGGGGCGGCCCGGCGUACGUCGUCUACGACGUCCCGACCUCCGAGCCGCCCCUGGAGAUUGACCGGGCGCACGACUACCUGUACGACCGGGUGGUGCUCUCGGCCAGACCAUCCGCCGGUCGUGCCUGCGUCGUGCUCCUCCUGCACAUGCCAAUGGGCGAGGUCUCCUUCGCCAGGCUCGGUGAUGACCGCUGGACGUGGGUCUCGCCGGCUGACGGCUCGGGGCUCCCGUGGUACGUGGACGCCAUGUACAGCGACGUUGACGGUUUGUUCUACCUGGUCCGGACGGAUUCCUCCAUUGUGAGCUUGGACCUCAACGGGUCCUCACCAGUGGUCCGCAAGAUCCUCGACAGAGUGCCGAAAUCGGGCGAUCCGGCCAAGUACCUAGUUCAAACUCCGGCCGGUGACAUCUUGCAAAUUUGGAGGUUGAAGGACUACGUCGAUUCACGAUCACCGGUGGACAUCCCACCGGCCUAUAUAGACGAGGAAGGUGGCCAAGACGACGAGGAAGUAGGCCAGGACGAGGACGACGAGGAAGGGGGCCAGAACCCAUAUCUAGAGCUCAACACUGUUGAUAUAAAGAUCUAUAAGGUUGACCUCCAUGGUCAGAGGUUGGAGUUACUGAAGGGUUUGCCAGACUAUGCAUUGUUUCUCGGCUUAAAUGCCUCAUUAUGUGUAACGACCUGA